AUGCUGUUAAUGGAUCGUGCAGCCACUGAACACGAUGAUCUUAAAGAAGCCGCCAAGGAGGCGCCUGGAUGCGUCUGUGACGCCAAGGGAGGAGCUGUGAAGCCACUUGGAGGCCACGAUCUUGAAGGAGCCAAGGAGCUGAAGAUUCUUGAAGUCGCCACCUGCACCAAUGAAGCCGCCUGGAUGAGUCGUGAAGCUAGGGGAGCAUUCGUGAAGCCAGGGGACCAUGAUUUUAAAGAAGCCGCCAAGUCUCCGCCUGCUCUCAUCAAGUUGUGUGGAAGCAUCCGCGAAGUCGCCACCUGCACCAGUGAAACCGCCAGGAUGCGUCUGUGA